AGCAAGAGGCUCCAAAAGAAAGAACUGGGGAGAGCUCAGAAAGGGCGGUGGCUUGCAUGGCCUGCCAUGAGGGAGGAAGCAGCUGAACAGGGGUGCUGGCGCAUUGCGCGCGCGUGAAGGGCGUGGAGAGUGAAGCUGCGCGCGUACAGUUGUGAGCUGGUUGGUGCCCUGAGCUAGCUUUCCACUACACAGGGAAGCUUUCCACAAGGCUUGACAAAGAAUCGAAGUUGAAAGUGUCUUUCAAGAGAGGGUUCCCUGGGGUGGCCUUGAGCAUAAACUGCUUGCCACUGGCAUAAUUUCAGGUGGCUGCAAUUGGGGAGACAUCGACUGGGGUCUGCUUCGAUACAGGCAUAUCCUGCAGCAUUUCCAGAGAGAAGCAGCAUUUCCGCAGAGGAGUCUCUCAGAAAAUUUUCACUCAGAAAAAGCUUCUCUGGCCCUGGUUAGGCAGAGCUGGAAGGAGAACAGAGCUGGCAAGGUUGAGCAGCAGAAAAGGAGCAUGCGCAAAGCUCCAAGGCUUUUCACCUAGCAUGCUUAGUCCGGCGCUCAAGCACACCCCUGAUUCCAGGUCUUAGCCACUCUCUCCAGCUGACCCGAUGUUUGGUUCGUGCAUGGUGCGCCCGAUACUGUACCGCCUCGCAGACUGCCCCAACAGUUCCCUCUGCCGCCGACUCUUUCUCCCGCCCCUCCUCUCCCCCCUUUUGCGCGAUGUCCCCUUUGUUUCCUCCGAGUUCCCCACUCCUAGUUGCGCAGCUUUCCCCCUCCAGUUCGUGAGAACUGAUCAGCAACUCUCUUUCAGCAGCAGCUUUAGAACUGGGGCGUCGUACCAACCGCUUGGCUUUCCUCAGGAGUCUUCACUGGGGGGGACAAAGCAACCGGGAGUCAAAAGCAAGAAGAGGGACAUUUCAGCUCAGUUUGCGCCUGGAGCAUCCUUUCCAGCACAGAUGGCAGACCUUAUGGAGUCCGAGGACUUCUUCCAUCAAGCGGUGACCGAGGAGAGGCGCCCGGGGGAUCCCUCCGGGGCAAAAGAUGACGUCUCAAGGCUGUCCCCAGCGAUCGGGAUCGACCUCGGGACGAGCUACAGUCGAGUGGCGGUCUGGCAUGAGGGCGAGAUCAAACUCGUCCCCCUAGACGAAAACAACAACACGGAGAUUCCCUCCUGCGUAGGGCUUGGGGGAUCCCCCGACGACUCCCCGGGGGAGAACAUCCUGAUCGGGUGGCCUGCAUUCCAGCUGCUCCCGCAGGGCCGGGCGAUCCACCGAGCGCGCCGCAUCGUCGGCAGGGUGGACACCGACGAGAGCCUCCAGUUGGGGGCCCGCUUCUGGCCGUUCCUGGUGCAGCUCCCGGGCAUCGGGAUCCGCCCGGUGAUCGCGCUCAAAAAGGGCGACCGGUGGGAGUCGGUGAACGCGGAAGAAGUCCUGGCCCUUCAACUGCACUACCUGCGCCGCGCCGCCGAGCGCUUCCUGGGGCGCGACGUCAGCGACGCGGUGCUGACGUCGCCGGCGGCGUUCACGCGCUUCCAGUGCGGGCGGCUCGCGGCCGCGGCCGCGGCCGCGGGUCUGCGCGUGCGGCGCAUCGUGGCGGAGCCGAACGCGGUCGGGCUGCUGUACGCGGCGCAGGAGAAGCAGCGGGAGAGCGCCCGGAGGAAAGGAACCGGUCGCUCGGAAGCGGCGGGAGGAGCGGGAAAGAGUGACCGGGGGAAAGGAACCGGGGCACCGGGAGAGCAGAAGGAGAGCGGCCGGGGGAAGGAAACCGAGGGGCCGAAGAGUGACGAGAAGGAGUCGGAGGAUAAGGAGAAGAACGUGCUGGUGUUCCAUCUGGGGUCGGGGUAUUGCAGCGUCGGCAUCGUCUGCAUCGACGAUGGCGUCUCCCAGAGCCGCGCGAUCGCGGGCGCGGCCUUCGGCACGGACGACUUCGUCAACAACCUGGUUGCGCGCGCGCUCACCGACCCGCGCACGCGCGCACCCGCGCCGGACGCGCCCACCGACCGCAAAACCCUCUUCUGGCUGUGGCAGACGUACCGGGAGGCGAUGGUGCAACUCUCCGAGAGCGAGUUCGUCGAUUUACCGGAGGAUCCGGCGCUCGGUAAGACGCUCUCCCGGGCGGAAUUCGAGGAGUCGAACGAGGGGUUAUUUCGCGCGUGCGUGGACAUGGUCACGCGCUGCCUGGCCGACGCGCGACUUAAACCCCGCGAGGUUCAGGAGGUGCACCUGCUGGGGGGGGGCGUGCGGAUCAACAAGCUGGAAGUGAGAAAGGGGAGGGAGUACGAUGACGAGCUGGUGAAAGGCGCGGCGCUCGAGGCGGCGAUCGCGGGGGGGGUGCCGGGCGUCGAUACGGGGCUGCUGCUGCUGCAGGGGAUCAACCACCCGCUGGGCAUCAAAGUGGAAGGCGACGUGUUCCAGCCCAUUCUCUCCCGGAACGCGCUCAUCCCAACGUCCCGUGAGCUCAUCUUCACCACAAUCAAAGACAACCAGGAACAGGCCAUCAUCCAGUUCUACGAGGGCGAGCAGCCCGUGGUGGAGCAAAACGUCUUCCUGGGCUGCCUCCAGGUCGCGCCCCUCCCGCGCGCGCGUGCGGGCUUCCCCAAAAUCAUCGUGUGCCUCGACGUCGACGCGGGCGACGCGCUGCGCGCGCACGCGCGCGUGGAGAUGCCCCCCGGGGACUACGAGGAUCCCCCGGGCCCUCUCCCGGAGCCGCUGGUGGUAAAGCUGCCAUCGGUUGACGUGGGCCACGGCUGGUGCAAAGAGGCGCUGCGCAUUAAGUACGGCACGAGCGCGGACGUCCGGCUGUACGAAACGGCGCCUACGGGCGUCCGAAAGAAAGACGCAUGAGGAAAGGGGGAAAUGGCGGAGGG